AGCUCAAAUAACUUUGACGUCAGCAAUUACGUCCAGCUAAAGCAACAAUCUAAUGCCAAUCAGACCCGCCUUGUUUCUCACAAAAAAAAAACAUCUUUUUUUCUUAACAUCCGAGUAAAGUUAGCAGCAGAGAGCCAUGGAUGAGUCUCAGAACACAUCGCCCAUACGAAGGCCAUGCAACACGCAUACGUUUCGAGCUCCGUGCGACAACAAAGAUGCGCCAUGUAAUGCGGACAAACCAGGAGGCACCAAAGACACACUGUCUAUCGCUGAGCCAGCAAAGUUUGAGCCACAGCCAGAAGGUGAGCCAGCUAAGUUUGAGCCAACCACAGUAGCGGAGCCACAAGCUGUGUUGGAGCCACCUCCUCAGAUUGAGCAGAAUCCGGAAGAAUGUACGGCUGCUGCUGACACCCCCAUACCCGAAACAGUCAGCGACCAGGUUGCGAUUGUUGAGUGAGGCGGGUUGACGGUAGAAGGAUAAUGGACGUUUAUUUCACUGCUGGAACUGUACCGAUAUAUGUGCUUACAUGAGAAGGAUGAACAUCAAGAGAAGGAUAAACAUAAAGAGAAAGAUAAACAUCACGAGAAGGAUAAACAUCAAGAGAAGCUUAAUAAGAGGCUGCUAACAUUACAAAUGUAAAAAUAUUAAAAUAAAUAAAUGCUUUUGGUUUUCACGUG